GAAGAACAAAGUAGCUUCUGGGCACAAAAUCGAGAGAGAGAGAGAGAGAGACACUCACUCACUCCACUGGGGAGAGAAAUCACCACGGGGGGAAAAAUUCAGAACACAUUCCUGAAAUCUGCGGAAGUUUAUUACUCUGUGGUUGUGUGAUGGUGUGUGUGUGAGUGAGUGUGUGUGAGCCCCUCGGUGUGAAACUUCAGCGCGUUUUAAGGAAGUUAAUCUGCACGAGCGCUCUCUCUCUCUCUCACACACACUUAAACUUUUCCUCUCGAGAACUUUGGCAGAAGCUAAUCAGGCUAAUUCACUCAGGGCGGCGGCGGAAAGAAGACAGACAUGUCGUCAGAUGAGAGAUUCAAGCUGGUGGUGGUGGGUGGAGGUGGUGUGGGCAAAAGCGCCCUCACUAUUCAGUUCAUCCAGUCGUACUUCGUGUCUGAUUACGACCCGACCAUCGAGGACUCGUACACCAAAAUCUGCAACGUGGAUGGGAAGGAGACCCGGUUAGACAUUCUGGACACGGCAGGUCAAGAAGAGUUUGGGGCGAUGAGAGAGCAGUACAUGCGAUCAGGAGAAGGCUUCCUACUGGUGUUUGCUCUGAAUGACAUUGGAAGCUACAACGAAAUCCAGAAGUUUCACACUCAGAUUCUGCGGGUAAAAGAUCGAGAUGAUUUCCCCAUGGUCCUCGUGGGCAACAAGUCUGACCUGGAGCAUCAUAGAGCGGUGUCAAGAGAGGAGGCCAUGUCUUUUGCCAAAGAGAACCGGAUCCACUAUAUGGAGUCAUCAGCGAAGAACCGCUACAAUGUGGACGAGGCUUUUCUGGAGGUGGUGCGAGCAAUAAGAAAGUUCCAGGAGACGGAGAGUCCUCCUCAGCUCCCCAAUCACCCUGGGAAGCACAAGGGCGGCGGGUGUCCCUGCACCAUCCUCUGAUCACCCUCACACACUGUCAACACGGAGCCUGAACCCCCCUCCCCAAUGUCUGGUGCCUUGUGUACGUGUGUCUGUGUGCGCGCAUCUGCUUAUCGUCAGUGAGGAGUGUGUGAUGGAGCAAAGGUGUUUAAAUAUGUUUAUUUUUUCCUUGCUGCACUUUUUUUACAUUAAGUACAUUUAAAAGUAUAUCUUAUUGAUUUUAUGUUUAUAGGAGUGUGUGUACAGCAGUGUAGCGAGCAGCAUCAGACACAGCUGUACAUAUGUAGUGUGUGAAUAUUAAAGACGCACACACACAGUGUCUGAUUGAGCUGCUAGAGCUGUUAUUAUUAUUAUUCGCUAUAAAUAACAUCAGAAGGGAAAACUGUAGUGAUUCUCACUCUGCAGUCCCGUGUGUGUGUGUGUGUGUGUGUGUGUGUGUGUGUGUGUGUGUGUGUGUGUGUGUGCGUGCACGCACGCACGUGUGCGCACACUGAAAAGAGCAGGAAUCCUCUUUACUCCAGAUUCACUGGGAAGAGAAAUGUAAAAGCAGCUGUUGAGCUCAGUGAAGGUUGAAGCGGAUCGAGCUGUGAACCUGGAACCUGCAGCCGCUCCACACGAGUCGUGUCGGGGUUCAGAUCAGACAGACGAGAGAGAAAAUCUUCCCAAAUCUCUUCUUAUGGACUUUUCUCUUUAAUCUGUGACUUUGACAUGCUGCAGUGAUUCAGUAAAACGCUGCUCUGCUUCCUUUACACAUUCCUGAGGGGUGUGUGGAGUUCGGACGCCAUCACACACACACACACACACACACACACACACACACAGCCCUUGGAACAAGUGGUUUUUCUCUUAUUCCAUCUCUGAAAGAAGCAACCUGACAUCUUUUUUAUUUUUUUACAUCUUUUGACCUAAAUCAGUGUUUUAUUUUAAAUGCCUGUGUACUGUCGGAGCUCAGAAGCUGCACGUAGACGUCUGUUCCCCCUGAGUUUGGUUUUCUGUUUUUUUUUUCCUUCACUGUAGGGUCGAGAGCCACCCCUCCAAAGUGACAGAGUAGAGAGGGGUCAGAGUGAAGCACGCUGUAGUUUCCCUUUAAUCAGUAAAACUCUUUUCACUGUGAGGAGAUUGUCUUCUUGCUUUUUAGACACCUUCAGCUCCCUCACCAAGACAAUCAGUGUGUACCGCACUAAACCUGAGGCUGGAGUCUUCCUUGUUGGCUGCUUCAACCUUUUUAGCGCCAGUUCUGGGAUGAAGUGAACUUGUAGAAGUGCCAGCUGAUUUAUCAAGAUGUUUGUUUUGAAUGAUUUCUCAAACCAAUCCUCAACGGUGUGCAGUCUGGUGUUUGUUCAGUUCUCAUCUGCUCUAUAAGAACACCGUGUCCAAGUGGGUUCAUCUCAUCCUGAUUUACAACAUCCCUAGAGAGGCAUCAGGACAGGCGUGUCGGUGUGUCUGUUGAGUACGUACCCAGUACAGAGAGUGGGCUCACUUUUAUCACCUGAUCGGGGAAUGGAUCCCACCUCACGACAUGCCAAUCAAACACCUGAUUAGUGUGUGGUGUUUAGAAAGGUCUGGGCAGGCCACACCCCCUCGUCACCUGCAAGUGUAAAUGUAAGGUGAUGAACCUGACGCUGGCCCCUCCCCAGUGCGUUAAUUAGGAGCAUACGAGUGUUAAUGCAGACGUGAGCGCAGGAGUGUGUUGAGUGAGUGUUUAAAAUAAGGGUUUAAAACAGUGCUGAUGAGAAAGACCUGCAGUGUUUCCUCCAGUGACUCAGUCUGAGCCUGCAGUGAUUUAAACUCCUCGCACACACACUAUCGUGUUGUCUUUAACAUGCCUGAUGAUUUAAUACAGAAUGAAAGGUGGGGAUGAGACGAAGUGUUUGAGCAGAUGCUUCAGUGACAGCUUUUGAUUUUAAUACAUUAACCAAAGAACACGCUGUUAAACCUGUGAGCGUUUGCACACCUUUGGUUAAGUAAGAGUAGUUUGACACUAAACCAUUUUUUUUUCUUUUUUUGGUGUGUGAUUUUGUACUGUAACGCAGAGUGUAUGUUUGUGUGUGUGAAAGAGAGAAAGAGAUGGUACUCCAUUAAUGAAUCUGCAGAAGCCUUUACUGUUUUUCAUGUGCCUUGUUUUUUUUAUUUUUUAAAGAAACUGCUGCCUCCUGCUGCACCGCUCUUUUUCCAGCAGAGGGCGCUGUACACACACUUCCCAGCACAGACACGCCUUCAUGUUUAGAUUAGACUCAUCAAGCAUCAGAUUCAGUCUGAAACUCGUGUGUGUGUGUGUGUGUGUGUGUGUGUGAGAGAGAGAGUUAAAUGGGAAAUGAUAUUAAUGUUCCAUACAGCACAGGAUCCAUCAGUACAAUCAUUUUAAAUCAAACUUUGCAUCACAUUUUAUUUUAUAUUGAAAUUGAUUUUAAAAACUUCUUUUUGUACACAAUUAAAGUAGUAUUUACGUUAUAAUGCUG